ACUGUUAAAAUUUAUUCUUAAAAAUAAUUUGUUGUCUUUUGUUAACAAUUUUACUUUAAUUCUAGAUUAGUCUUCAAUAAUUAAAUUUAAAACAUGUUUAAAUUUACCAAUUGUGUAUUGUUUAAUACUGUUGUAUAUUAAAUGGAAUGUAAUCUAAAAAUGUCUAUACAGGAAUUUAAAAUAUUGGACACGUAUAAUUUUUCCCAAAUUUUAUGUUGCAAAAUAUAAUUUUAAUUCAGUCUAAAAUUAUUUCGAAAUGGUGAGCGACCUUAGUAACUAAUAAUAGAUUUGUAAUUCAUAUAAGGACAUUUGAACGAUUUUAUUCCCCUCUUUAUAUGAAUUGUUUUGCUUGUUUAUAUAUGUAAUUUACUGUUUGUGUUAACUUUUUAUUAUUAUUAUAUUGUGUAGUAUUAAGUUUGUUUAAUUUUAAUUUUCAGAACAAAUUAAAAUCAACACAAAAGGAUAAAGUGAAAAGAUUUAUGGCGUUUACACAAGCACCUGAAAGUGUCGCUAUUUUUUGUUUAGCCAAAAAUGACUGGAAAUUGGAACAAGCAUCCGAUAACUUUUUUCAAAAUCCACUUGAAUAUGAGACUAUUAAGAUCAACUCCCAGUUAGGCUAUAAUGUAGAUAAAAGAAAACUUGAAGCAAUGUAUGCUAGAUAUCGAGGUAGAUUGUAUUUUAUUUAAUCAUAUAUUCAUACACGUGCAUAUUUUUCUUUUUUAGAGUUUUGAUUCAUUAAAAAGGUUUGCAAAAUAAUUAGGAUUUAGAAAAAUAAUUAAAUAAAAGAGAAGAAAAAAAAUUAAUAAUAAUAUUAAAAAUAAAUAAGAACUGAGAAACAACAAGAAUUUAAGGGUAUAAGAAUGACAGACGAGGUAUAAAUAUAGGUAAAGUAAGAGAAACAAUGAAUAAAUAUAAAGGAUAUAAGAAAGAUUACAGUUUAUUAUUAUGAAGUGCAAAAAAAAAAAACAUUGCUUACCCUACAUUUAUCUAAAUUGUUUAAAUUUCAAAUAUUUGUGUGUGAGAACAUUUAAUUAAUUAUAAUUAGUAUAAAUGCCUUCUACUUUUAUACAUAUUUUUUGUUUAAUUUGUUUAUCAUUUUAAUUAUAAAUAAGUAUAAAUUUAAUAUUUAGUUAUGUUUCUUACAUUAAUUUAACUAAAAAUAAUUUAUAUUUUGUUUUAGACCCAUCUGACUUAAACAAAAUUAAUGCUGAAGGUGUUAUGCGUUUACUAGAUGAACUUAAAUUACCUCCAGACUCUAUAUUAGUGCUCAUCUUAGCUUGGAAAUGUCAAGCAGCAGCUCAAUGUGAAUUCACAAAGCAAGAAUUUUUAAAUGGCAUGGCUAAAAUGGGGUGGGUAAUUUUCAUUUUAUGUUUACAUAUUUUACCAAAUUUAGGUACACUUAUAAAUUAUUAGUUAUUACUAAUUAUAAGGCUAAUUAUCUAAUCAUGAAUUGUGCCUAGUUUAAAUUUUAAAAAAAAAUUUAUUUUUUACCUAAAUAUUAUGACUUGUAACUGGAAGCCAAUCAAAAAUUAUGUGGUCAUUUUUCAUCAAAAUAUAUUAAAAGGUUAAUUUUUUUGAUUUUUCAUUGAUUCCACAAAAAAAAAUGUUAUUAUUUGUUACAGGCAAAAAAUGUCAAUAAAAAGUUGUAUUGAUAUUUCAAAGAUUUUUUUUUUUAUUUCUCUGCUUCAGAGGCUGUUUAGGCCCAUUGCUGCAUUACACAUUUCCUUCUAUAUAUCACUAUCCAGUGCUACCUCUCUAUAUUUUUCGUUUCCUAGUAUUAUUAGAUCCUUUGCGACCUUAUCAUACCAUUGUUGUUUAGGUCUGCCCAAGGAUCUUUUUCCUCGUGAUUUCCAAUUCAGGACUUUUUUUGCAACCGUGUUAAACCUUAGUAUGUGACCUAGCCAGCUUAGUCUUUUAGCUCCAAUUACCCCAAUUAUAUUUGGUUUCCCAAAGGUGUUAUUUAUUUCUUCAUUUCAUCUUAUUUCAUAUCUUUGUGUUAAACUAUUUAUUUUCAGUCCAUACAUCUUCCUAAGAAAUUUUCUUUUUACUAUUGCUAAUUUUCUCUCAUCCUCUAAGGUUGUUGGUCAUGUUUCACAUGUAUGUGUUAUGAUAGGUCUUGCUAUUACUUUGUUAAGUCUCAUUUUUGAUUUCUUCGAUAAUAACUUGAGUGCAAACAGUUAGAUAACGCAUGUAAACACCCAUUUCCUACUAAAACACGUUGCUAAAUUUCUUCAUGAUUGUUAUGUUAGCUAUUCAGUUCUGUACCUAGACACCUAAAACUAUGUAUUUUUCAAAUUUUUUUUUUGUCUAAUCCGUCUAUUCCUUGUCUGAUGAAUUUGUAGUUGCUCUCCUGUUAUGCACGUAUAUUUGAUUUUGUUUCAUUUAUUUUAAAUCCUUUUGUCUUUGCGCUUCGUAUUAAUUCUUCCAUUGCUAGUUUUAUGUAUCGUCUUCAGAUUCUUCAAGUAUCAAAAUAUCAUUGGCAUACGUUAGUAUUUCUGAUGUCAAUUCCUUUAUAUUUGGUAUGUAUACUUUGAACUACCACCUCCAAAGCUAUAUUAAAGUAAGAGUAUAGGAGAUAGUGCAUCUCUUUGUUUUAGUCCAACUAUGGUUUUAAACUUCCUAAUGUGCUUGUCCGAAUCGAACUUUAACAUCUUGCUGUUUUUAUACAUAUUCUGAUUAUUGCUCUUAACUUGACUGAUAUACCAAACAGUUCUAAAUGUUACCAUAAGAAUUCUCUUUUAACCUGAGUCGUAUGAUUGUCUAAAAUUUACAAAUAGUAGAUGUAGUUUUUUAUUGAAUUCUUAAUAUUUCUCUAUCAGUUGCUGUGAAGUGUGAAUAUAUGAUCAAUUUUUGAUCUUCCCACUAGGAAACUACUUUAGUAGUGUCCUAUGAUAUCUACUGCAUAUGGUUUUAGGCGGUUGAAAAUUUAAAUGAUUAUAGAAAUUAAAUAUUUAUUAGAUUUUAAAAUUCUAAUGCACUCUAAAUUUGAAUAUAUCUAAUACUAGUAAAAUAUUAUUAUCACUCUUUGAAAGAAAGACACUAGAUUAUGUAAAUUGUAUAGGGAUGUAGGUGCAAUAAAGUAUGUUCAUAAUCAAACUAAUAACUAAUAAAACUAAUAUUAAACAUUUCUUUUUAAUUUUGGGCAUAUUUUUCAAAGUGUUCAGUACCAUAUUAUUAAGUAUAAUAUAUAACACCUGUAUAUUGAAAGUAAACAAUUUGCUUUAAAACAAUACACAUGUAUUAUUUUAGGAAAUAAAAUAAAUAAAUAUAUUAGAUUAUUAUUAUUUACUAAUUCAUUGUAAUAUAAAAAUGAAUUAUUAUAUAGUUCUAGUUAUAUAUAUUCAGACACUAUACUUAGUUCUAUGUGAGACUUAGUUACACUUUCAAUGAAAACCAGUUCACUAAUGUAAUGUCUCCACUGAAUUUAACCAGUAUGACGAGAUUAUAUAAUUAGUGCAACCACAAUGAGCACAUGCUAUACAGUUUUGAUGUAGUGUCUUGUAAAACAUAACCUAACCUGUAAAAUAUAGUUUUGGUAUCAUAUAAAUGUCUAAUCUUAAGGUUGGCUUAAGUUAGUUUCACCCAAGUUCACUAUUUUUAAUUCUGCAACAAGUAGGGUUAAAGGGUGAAGGAGCCAUAAGAGUGAUGUCCUCCAAAUCUUAAAAAAAAAAGGCUAUAAGACUAGGUAUAAAUGUAUUAUAUGCAUAUUACUAUAUACACAGUAUUUAUUUUUUUAUAAAAUGGAUAUAUCUUUGGGGGACAGUCUGAAUACAAAUUUUAGUAAUUGCAUACUUUGUUUUGUAUAUUUACAGUCUACUCGCAAUAUAACAAAUUUCAAGGAACCGAAAAAAAAGUUUGUUACAUUGAGAUUUAUAAAAAAAAUUCAAAAUUUAAAUCAACACACUACAAAUACAUAUUAAUUUUCAUUUAAUUAUACAUACAUAUAUAUAGUAGUACAGUAAAAAUAUAUUUAAGUAUAAAAAUUAAUUGUAUAUACAACAAAACUUAACUAAAACGAUAAUGUAAAGGUUACAAUAAAGUUGUAGAUUCAUUAUACAUUUAUCGACAUGAAUUAUAUCUUAUCAUACGAUAAACAAACUUUGUAGUAAUAAACAAUAAAAGCAAUUUAUUUUUAUUUUAUAUUUUUCGCAAUCAUUAUAUACCAGCAGACUUUUAUCUUAUAUACAUUUGUAUUAAUACAAAUUAAAAAUAUUUAAUAUUAAACUCCAACAUUGUAUACAUUUGUUACAUCAUGAGAGCUUUAGCAAAAAUAACUUUAAUAUCGAGGAGACAAAAAUUCUUUUAAUUUUUUUGUUAUAUCACGAGAUUUUCUAAGGACCGACAGUUUUAUUCGUUGUAUCAAGAUUUUUGUUACAUCGAGCUUCGUUGUAUCACGAGCAGCGCUUGAUUUAAAUAAAAACUAAAAGGGGGAUUGAGUGGAUGUUGGAUGAACAAGUUUUUCAGAUAAAAUUAACACUCUCAUAACUGUGGAGGCUUUACCCCCACAUCCCUCUCCAGCCACCUAUCACACCAGAACAAUAUUACAUUUUUUCUAGAAGUAUAUUAUGUAUAUAAAAAAAAAUUAUUUAUAAACUAUUUUUUUAAAAACAUAAAAUUAGUCAAUUAUUAGUAAACUAUACAUUAAAUAAGCUUCAUAAAUGUUGAUAUGAACUAUCUUCGUUUUGGAGAGAUUUUUUGGGACAGUUUACUUCAUCUGCGUUUCUUUUACCACUUUUAAUCCAGUUCUGAACAUAAUGAUCUAGUUUGAAUAACUGAACAGAAGAUCCGAUACAACAGUUGAGAAAAACCAAUGAAGAUAUAUGCUCUGUAAUCAAAACAUUUCUUUUUAUUGUAACUAUAUUGUUCAUUUCACUGAAUGAUCUCUCAAAUUCAAAGGAGGAAAUUUUAAUUAUUUUGACUGCAGUUAAAAUAGGAUGUAGAUAGUUUAUUUUUGAGAAAGCCUUUGUAUCUUUAAAUCCAUGGAAUCCUUGAAUUGUAGUAUUUUCAUCUAAAUGAAAUCUUGUAACUAAUUUUCUAACUCAGUUAUUGCUAUACUAAAUAUCAACAUUAUCAGGCCAAUAAGUAGAAUUUAGUACAUACAAAUCUUUUACAAUUUUAUCAAAUUGAUUUCAGAUUCAGUUCUGUUUCAAAAAAAUUAAAAGGGUACUCUAAAAAAUAGAGGAAAAAAGUGGUAUCCCCCUACGUUUCCCUUCCAAAUCAAGCAAUGGUCAUGAGUUGACUGUAUUUAAAAAUCAUAAACAACUGAAAUAAAAUAUUGAUUAUAAGAUGUUUUUCUAACUGAUCAAUAUAGUCCUGGAUAUUAAUUUUUUAAUACCUAAAUAAACUAUUUUUAUGAUAGUACUUUGAUAACAAUAAGAAUACUUAUUUGCCAUGUUAUUUGUGAAAAUAUUUAAUUUUGUCAUCACUACAAUGUGGUAGCUGUAAAUGAAUGUGAAUGCCAAAAAUAAUGUUAAAAGAGAGUUGUUAUGAUGAUAAUUAUUAUUGAAUUAUUAAACAAUUCGUAUUUGAAGAAAUUGACAAACAUCCCCCUUUGCCCCCCUUUAAUAUGUAAUUAGUAAAAAUGUAAUAUUUCAAAAAUGAAAAACUCUUAGUGAGUGUAAGUAUAUUUAUGUUAAUCAAAUAUAAGUAGUAUAUGGUGUCUUAUUUUAAUAUUUUUUUUUUAUAACUUCAUAUUGUAUGUUAUAUUGAAAAUUUAUUUUUUACUUUUUAUUUUAGGUCUGAUUCAAUAGAAAAAUUAAAAAUUCGAUUACCAAUUUUAGAAAGAGAACUUUCAGAUCCAUCAAAAUUUAAAGAUUUUUACUAUUUUACAUUCAAUUAUGCUAAAAAUAUAGGUCAAAAAGGUCUUGACCUUGAUAUGGCUAUAACUUAUUGGAAUAUUAUUUUUGUUGGUCGAUUCAGGUUCCUUGACCUAUGGUGCCAGUUUUUAAGAGUAAGUUCAGUGAAUCAAAAUAAAUUAUUUAACAACACAUAAUUGUAUGCCUAAUCUAUUUUUUUCAAUUGGUUUUAUUUUCAAUAAGAUUUUAACUUAAAAUUAAAAAUUAUGUAUUAUAUGUAUAUUUACUGAUCUUGUUUAAUAAUGUAAAAUAUAAUACCCUCUAAUUAUAUUUUACAUUGAAAGCCUUUCAUAAAAGAUACCCCUGAAAAAUAAAUAUGAUGUGUCCAAUAUUGAGAUGCAUUUCUGAAAUAUAUAAUUCUAACUAAUUUUAAAUUGUCUGCUAUUUAGAGUGAGUUCAUGAAAAGAGGUUGCUUUGUGUUUUAAUUUUAUUGUUUACUAAAUACAAGUUAUUAUUAUAUUUUAUGGUUAUUGUUUAUUUAUAUAUAUACAUAUAUGUAUAAAUUAACUAAAUUUAUAGGAACACCACAAUAAAUCAAUUCCUAGAGAUACUUGGAAUCUCUUAUUAGAAUUUGCUUGUGUCAUUGAUGAUGAAAUGACAGAUUACGACCAAGAAGGAGCAUGGCCAGUUCUAAUAGAUGAGUUUGUGGAAUGGGCAAAACCUAUAGUCUGCAGAAAUAAUUCAACUCAUAUAUGUGAGACCUGAUUAUUGUAAAAAUAAAUAAAAUAUUAUCAGAUACAUAUGUUUAUAAAUUAUAUUUUAAAAAUGUUUAUCCUGUUUUAAAUUUUUUUGAGGGAGAAUAAUGUAUGACUGCCUUACUAAAAUAUGUACCUUGGGAAUAUUUAUAAAACAAAUGUUAUUUAAUUUGUAUAGCUUAAAUUGUAUUAACAUUAUAAUAUUCUUCAUCAUGUAAAAAAUGUUCUUGUUUGAUGCCGUGUUAUUAAAGCUAAUCAGGUCGAGUAUUUAGGUCUCAGUUUAUAUUUUCCAUCGUAAUUGUUGCUAUAGAUAAUACCAUUGAUAAUAAUUAAUAAACAAUUUAUAAUCAAUGAUAAUAAUAAAUUGUUCUGUAUUCAUGUAUAUAUAUAUAUAUAUAUAUUUUAAAUAUAAUUUUGGUCCUGGCAUAUAUGUAUAACAAUAAAAACUUGAAUGUACAUUUAUAUUUAUAAUAUUUAAUGUCUAUUUGUCCAUUAUUUUAAAGGUCCCAGAUUAUUCUUUAUCUUUACACAUAUAAACAAACAAAGUAAAAUUGAC